GUGCUUUCUGGCUAAUUGGUGUGAGCGACGGCCGAUAUAUAUGGACCAUUUCGCGAAGCUGCCGGAGGGAUGCAUCUCUGAAAUCGUUUCCUUCACUUCGCCGGCCGACGCAUCGGCGCUUUCUGUCAUCUCCAAACGCUUCAAAUCGGCAACUGAGUCCGACACCGUAUGGGGGAAGUUUUUGCCGUCGGAUAUUGAUGAAAUCAUCUCAAAAUCAUCCACUCCCUUUGAUUUUCCACACACGAAGAAGGAACUUUAUAUGUUCCUUUCUCAUUCCCACAUUCUCCUAGAUGGAGGCAAACUGGGGUUGUUUCUGGACAAAAGAACUGGAAAGAAAUGUUUCAUAGUUGCAGCCUCAGCACUUGAUUUCACCGAGAGGAAUGACUCAAAUCGCAUGUAUAUGGCUCAAGAGCUAAUACGCUCCAGGUUAUUCACUUAUUCAUUGUACGUUUUGCUUCUAUUAAAGAUAAAAUUUGUUUUAAUAAGUCAGCUAUUAAAUAGACUCUUUUUUAAUAUCGGUUGAAAGGAAAACUGAUGUGGCAGUACUGAACUCAAUGCAAGACAACAUGUUUGAUAUUUUUGGUAGAAUCAGCAGUGAAAAGUUAUCUAAAGAAACACACUAUUCAUCAUAUUUGGUUUUCAAACUAUGGCCAAAGCAUGGCUACAUCAACCACUCAUUCAGGGGAGUGUCUAGAUUUGUUGACAAUGAGGGUAGAAAUGUGGCUCAAGGUAGAGCUUCACACCUUAUUUUUCAUGAAGAAGGUGACAGAGUAUGGCCUUAUAAUGUGGGGGUUCCUGUUUCUAGAGAUGACGGGUGGUUGGAGGUGGAAAUUGGAACAUUUUUCAACAUUGGAGGGAAUCGUGGUGAUGUUGAAUCUUGUGUGUUUAGUGUUACGCUUCCCUUCGGUCUAUUUCUCGUUGUGGGAGGAAUUGAAUUUCGGCCUGAAAUUAUUUUUGGAGGUAUGAUCGAUUGGGGAUUUUCCGAAGAAUUCUUUGAAGAAAAGGCCAACUUCUAGCUAGUGACGAUGAAAACAAAAGAGUAACUUGUCAGAUCGAUAUGCAUAUUGACUGCAGUACACUAGUUUGCCCAUGAGUACAUUCUAGCUUAACAGGAUCUUUCUACUAUCACGAGAUGUUGUAAUCUCUUUCUCGU